CCUUUCAGCUAGGGUUUCGUUUCGCCCUCACACUUGCCUCCGCUGCCUUCAUCUUCAGAACCUGAGCGUUGGCGGAUUGCGUCCUUCUCGACAUUUCCAUAAUGGCGGACGUGAGUGUUCAGGACCCAUCACAGCCUCACUUUGACGUGAAGCUCUUCAACCGCUGGAGUUUUGAUGAUGUCCAGGUGAAUGACAUUAGUUUAGCUGAUUACAUUGGUGUCGUGCCGGCCAAGCACGCCACUUAUGUUCCACACACUGCUGGGAGGUACUCGGUCAAACGUUUCAGGAAGGCCCAGUGUCCGAUAGUGGAGAGGCUUACAAACUCGCUUAUGAUGCACGGCCGUAACAAUGGGAAAAAAUUGAUGGCAGUGCGGAUUGUUAGACAUGCUAUGGAAAUUAUCCAUUUGCUGACCGACUUGAACCCUAUUCAAGUCAUUGUUGAUGCUGUGGUUAACAGUGGACCAAGGGAAGAUGCUACUCGUAUUGGAUCAGCUGGUGUUGUUAGGCGUCAGGCUGUGGAUAUUUCCCCACUGCGUCGCGUUAAUCAGGCCAUAUAUCUCCUCACCACCGGCGCUCGCGAAUCAGCAUUCAGAAACAUUAAAACCAUUGCUGAAUGCUUGGCUGACGAGUUGAUUAAUGCUGCAAAGGGCUCAUCCAACAGUUAUGCCAUCAAGAAGAAGGAUGAGAUUGAGAGGGUGGCUAAGGCCAACCGUUGAGGGGCAAUGAAGAAGUAUGGUUUCAUAAGAAGAUAUUUUUGUUUGUUUUCUUUUCUUCUCUUAUUUAGUAAGGUAUAUUUGUUCAUCAAAUGGAGGUUGAUACUUGAUACCUAGUUAUUUAAACAGCGCACUCUUUGAUGUUUGAGGGUAUAUUGAUGAACUUGAA